UUUCAUUGACGCUGGCACGUUAUUUUGUUUAUGAAAAUUAUUGUGACGUCUUCAAAAUUUGACACGAGUUUUAGUCGGUUUUGAUUAGUUUUGAGCUUUGAUUUGGUAGUAAUUACUAAAUUAUUUGUGAAUAAAAUAAUAAAGGUUUAAAAUACAAAUGUCAUCUACACUUAUAUUCGUCGGGCUGCCGGAGGACUCGAAGAGCUCAAUCACAAAGACAGCGUCAGCCACUGAGUUGGGGAGUGUCGAUCAAUUGGUGUCCACGAUAGAACUACAGAACUCGUCAGCGAAUACUUGCGUCAAACGUAUAGAGAGAGGAGUUCCAAAUGCGCCGAAGAGUUGCAUCGCGGAGAUCUUCAACGGCGAUGUGACGGAUGGUGGCAGUCCCGUCAAGAACGGUUCGUCCAAGCCGCGCAACGUCAAGGACACACCGACUCGCCCAAGGGACACGCACUCCAGACUAUUUGGUCAGGGUGGAUCGUCAUCAGUGACGCCAAUGAUAACGGACACGAUCCGCAGUCACAUCCAGUUCGGUGACGCGGCGAACGGCGGCAGCCCCGCGCACUCGCCCAAGAUGAACGGGAGCGCCAUGUCCACGCCCAGCAGAGGUGAGACGGAGCCAGCUGACCACUUAUCGUACUCGCCACCGAAGAGGAAUCCAGUGACUGGAGACGGUGUGCAACUGCCUCCGCAACGCCGCAGACAUCCGGGCGCCGCCCUGCGAGAAGGCAACCCGAUCACCGGCGAUGGCUACAAAUCAAUGAACGGUCAAAUUAACAUGGUGACAUCGAUAAACGGCCACAGCAGCAUUCUUCAUAACCGCGUUCCCCCCGGCGGCUACUCGUCAGGGCUCUGGUAGACUACCAACAUCACAGCAACGGUCACCGAAGCGGCCAAAUAACACUCAUUUACCGCCGUCUCGUCAAAA